CCCGCUGAUUGGCUUUUGCAAGGAAGGGCGUGUUGUGAUUGACGGCGGAGGCGGCUAAGAUGGCGGCGCCCAUCAUUCUUCCGGAUACAGGAAGCAUCCGAAAGGCAGUGUCCCUCAUCAAUGCAAUAGACACAGGCAAGUUCUCUCGUCUGCUUUCCCGCAUCCUUCAAAAGCUUCACUUAAAGACUGAAAGUACUUUCACAGAAGAAGAAGAAGAAAAACUUCAAGCUGCAUUCUUAGUAGAAAAGCAAGAUCUCCAUUUAGUCCUUGAAACCAUAACAUUUAUUUUGGAACAGGCUGUAUAUCAUAAUUCGAAGCCAGCCAUUCUCAAACAACAACUAGAACAUUCCAACUUGGAUUCUGAUAAAGUAGAAGUCUUGGCUACUGCAUGGGCUGCUGCAGGUCCAGAGGUGGUAGAAAAGUUCCGGCAGAGGAUUUUGUCUCCUCAUAAGCUAGAUUCAGUUGGAUGGCAGCUUAACCUUCAGAUGGCUCAGUCCACCCAAGCCAAGCAAAAAUCUCCUAAAGCUGUAUUAGAACUUGGAAUAAUCAAUGAAGACUCAAAGAAUAUGGAGAAAGUGUUUGUGGAAUUCAGUCAUGAGGAACUGUUUGAAUUCUAUAACAAGUUGGAGUCUAUACAAGCACAGCUGGAUUCUCUUACCUGAUGCUGUGUAAAGACUGCUUUCCCCAUCACAUUCCUGCCACUUCACUAUUGAAGACAGAUUGACUGACGGACUUUGCUGAAAUGCUCAGUUGGUUGCUGUCUGCAAAUUACUUAUCUGAUCUUUGAACCCUAUUAGCCAAACGAAGUCCUAGCUGAGAAAACAGAAGUUGUCGUGGGCUUUUUCAUCUUUUCAGAGUGUAUCAUAUUCCAGUUUUACACCAUGGAGAUUGAGAAGAACAUUUUGCUGUUCUUAGUAUUAUUUUGAAAUUUGUACUGUUUUGUUAUAGGGCCUUUUUUGUUGGGGGGGGGGGAGUUAGAAGACCACAGUGUAUAAUUAUGUGAUAGUAUAAAUAAAAUGUAUACAGAUAUUGUUCAAAUAAUUGAAUAAUAUAUUGCUUCCUAAACAGUGGAAAACUAAAGUAACAUUUUGGCUUCCAAUCAUAUCAUACUGUUUAAAAAAGUAAAAUAAAUGUUCUUUAUUUGAA